GCUGCACCGGAAGUGUGCUCUGCCAGCUUGGUUCCCCCGGCGGGAAGGUGUGUACGGCGUGCGUGAAGCAUGGCUGCGGUGCCCCCCGAUACGUGGCAGCCGCCCACUGUUUCUUUGGAGACUACAAUGGGCAUCAUUGUUGUGGAGCUAUACUGGAAACAUGCACCAAAAACUUGUAAAAAUUUUGCUGAACUGGCCAGACGAGGUUACUACAAUGGCACAAAGUUUCAUCGGAUAAUCAAGGACUUCAUGAUUCAAGGGGGUGAUCCAACAGGAACUGGAAGAGGAGGCGCAUCCAUUUAUGGCAAGCAAUUUGAAGAUGAACUCCAUCCAGAACUAAAGUUUACAGGUGCAGGAAUUCUUGCUAUGGCAAAUGCAGGCCCUGACACCAACGGAAGCCAAUUCUUUAUCACGUUAGCACCAACUCAAUGGCUUGAUGGGAAGCACACUAUAUUUGGACGUAUUUGCCAAGGAAUUGGCAUAGUCAACAGAGUGGGCAUGGUGGAAACCAAUGCACAAGAUCGUCCAGUAGAUGAUGUCAAGCUCUUGAAGGUUUUCCCUUCAGGCUAAACGAGAUUUGAGAAUUUUGUGUUGAAUCUAAUGGUAUUCCAUUGUGUUUGGUCUCUUAAGAUGAUAAUUGUUUUGUUCUGAAAGAUACUUGCUAGUUUUUUAGGUGCAGGAUACUCCUGUAUUAAAAUGUGUCUUCUAAAAUUAUCAUUAACAUUUCUUCAAAAAUGUAAAGCUAAAUUUAUCAAGAAAUAAUUUGACCUAUUUGAACAGGGCCUGUACCACCAAAUUACAGUGCUGUUGCUUUCUAAGCUUUAUUCUCUCCCACCCCCAGCGUCCACUUAGAGUGCAGCAAUCCAUCUGUAUUGUAAACAAACCACCUUAAAUGCACCAGAAAUAAGACAAUAUAUAGUAUUUUGUAAGUCAUCAGAAUUGCAUAUUGGGUCAUGGGUGUCUGUGUGGGUCUCAAGGCAGCGCUGCCCUAGACUUCCAAGUAUACCUUUUACAAGUUGCACAAUUGAAAAUCUGUACCUAAACAAACAACCCCCCUCAUCCGCAUGACUAUUAAAGUAUAAGCACUCUAAUCUUGAAAAGCCCCAAAAUUUGGGAUCCCCUCCAAACCGGUGCCAAAGUUUUGCAGUCGUUUUGCAUCACAAACCCUGUUUGUGGAAGCGCCCCCCAAAUUGAUACAUCAAACCAGGGGUCCUUGCAAAACAACUGCACCAGUUUGGAGGGAACCCAAAAUUCCAGGGUUAGUGUUUGUUCUCAAGAUAAUACUGAGGGCAGAAUCCAGCACUGCUUGUGUGGACUUUCACGGGUGUAGAUGGACUUCAGCUUUUCUUCCUGCCAUGCAACCCCCAAAAUCUGCUCUUUCCAGAGCCAAAUUUGAGGGUGUAGGGAACUGCAGGGGGAGAAGAGUAAGGUGGAGUCCUGCUGUAUGAG